GGGUUGUUUACGUUGGGGAUACUGUUGUUAGUGUUUAAGAAACCAACUACAGUUGAUGGUACUUUACAAGCUAAACAUAUUGUUCUCUAUGAAUCAAUUGGUGGAGCUGUAGAGGCAAGUGUAUUUUUUUCGUUUUUACAUCUCGGGGAGCGUGGGUGGCAGAUGCAGUCAGCGUUAAUAAUGUACAUAUGAAGAUAGGGUAUAUUAAAGUUAUAGAUUAGAGUUAUUAAGGUUUUUGUUUUCAGCAUCGUCUCCAGGGGCUUUUAAUUGUGCACGCAGUCGCGUGAAGAACACGCAGGAGGACACGCGUGGGGGGGAAUGGAAAAUUCGAAGCGGAAGCGCCUGGCGGAAUUUGCAAAUGAAAUUUCAACGACGAUAUUGACAAAGGCAUUCUUUUAAUCCUCUCCCGCAGCGCCCUGCGUCCUGCCGCGAAAUCCCACGAAGUCGCGUGGGUGAGGCGUGAGUCAGUUGGAGCCUGGGGAUGAGGCUGGUUUGAAACAGAUUUGAAGUUCUUGAAGACUCAUAAUAAGUAUACUGUAGUAGUCCCCUCCCCUUUCCUUCGCCCAGAAAAAAAUUCUUAAUAUUGGAUGUCGAACACUUUUUUCAUAAUUAUAGCCUCAUGGCUCGGGUGAAUUGAGACCUGUCCAAAUGGCAUGAAAUAGAUAUCAAAGAGCUUACGCAAGGAAGUCAAAUAUGCGAAGACGACGGCUAUUAAUACAGUGAUAUUAAUCAAUAAUAAGAAAUGUAUCUGGUAAUUAAAAAUCUAUCGGGGGGUUUCAGACGUCGUCCUAACGUCGUCCAAACUCUGCUGACAACGGCUAAAUACUUAUUUUCACGUAUCGUGUAUUAGUAUAUAGUUCGCUAGCAUUUCAAGCCGUGACAGGUAAGACAGCGCGACGUCAGGACGACGGCUAAAUAAACUGUUUGGAAAUAUGGAAAUUUUUUCUUGCAUUUACUUUCGUAUGAAUAUAAUACCGUUUCAAAAGGUUAAAACGGAGCUUUUACCCUUCAGAGCGAUUUUGAUCACCUCUGCCAAAUAAAAUCUGGUAGAGGUGAUUCAAUCGUUUUAAUCAGAGGUAAUUUAACAAUUAUAUGUCUUAUCGUUGGAUAUAGCCGUACUCAACUUAGCCAGACUAGCUGCUAGUGUUAUCCUUCAAAUUCCUUUGUGUCGAACUACUACUUUCCAAUCAUCUUCCUUUAACCGUCUUGUCAAACCCUGGAACACCGUGUGUAAGGAUGUUGGUCCUGCAUGACACUUUCUCCAGUCCUAUUGCUUUUACGACCUUUCUUAAGCGUGAUUCAAUUCACAUCUUGUUCAGAUAGUCUUCACUUCCUAACAUACUUUCUCUUUCUUAUAAUUCAUUCUUUCCGAAUUAAUAUACAGUAUACACUAAUAUGUUUAACAUUUAAGUACGUCAAAUCUAAAUUGCUAACAUGUGCCUUGCAUGGGUCCUUUUUCAAGAGUUUAUACCUUGCUUUUUUAAUCUUCUAUUUAUAAGUUAUCUAUUUUUAUGUAACUUGUUAUUGUCAGGGGCGAAACGUGAGGGGGGUAGGGGGGUGUGACCCCCCCCCCCAAAUACGAAUCAUCUAGAUUGGCAGGAAUAUCCGGAAAAAUUUCCCCCCCCCACCAAGGGGCUAGUUUCGCCCCUGGUUAUUGCUUGUUAUUCUUAGACUCGAUAAUUAUUGUAUGCAUUAUUGAUCCAAAUGAAUUUGCGAAAACAAACUUACUAAAGCCCCAGUUUAACUGAGUGUGCUAAUACUCGACAAGCUUUAUUUACAAUAAUUUAUUUGAAUGAUCAUGAGUUGUUUUUAGCAUGCAGUCGUCACCGUUGCAUCCAUCCCACAUCUAAAGGUCUCUCCAGUUACCUAAAUUAUUAAGAAAGUGUGUUGCUGUAGAUUUUGUAGCUGUAUAACUUUAAUAUUAGACUGGCAUUAAAUAUAUUUAUUGCAAACACAGAUUCGUAGACUAACAUCUGCUUUUUUUUAGAUAGUUGCGCUUUUUGGAUUUCUUGCCAGCGUCAUAUGGACAUUCUCAUUUGCGUUAGAUAUGUGUUUCCAGAUGUAUCAAAUUGAUUGGUACGUAGAAGCCUAUGUCAAUUGUGAGGAGUAUGGAUAUAGUUUCAUUGUCUAUAGAUUAGAGACAACUGCGGUGUGUCGACGGAUAUACAACUACCUGAAAAAUUUAAGCAGAACUUGGACGUAUUCGAGCGAAGGCCCUUCGUCAGGAAGUUACUUAUAACUUAUUGUCUCACUAACUUUCCAACGAAGGGUCUUGGCUCGAAACAUCGAAUUUUGCUUUUAUUUUUUCAUGUAUAGCUCUUCAUAUAUACUGCAGCUGUUUGUUGUGCACCGAUGCAUUAAAUGGUAGCUUUAAAACAACUAUUGAACAUUUAGCACUUAGAAAACUAUAAUCUAUAUUAUAGUUUUCUAAGUGCUAAAUGUUCAAUAGUUGUUUUAAAGCUACCAUUUAAUGGGCCAAUUUUACUCGAAACCUUAGUAACUUACUUCUUCGCUGGUUGUUAUAUACUUUAAAAUAAUUCUGUAGCUCAUAUUUUGACCAAAUUUCGCCCUCAUUCGAGCGCCAAAACGGAUUCAAAUGCCUAUUAGGUGUCCAGAUGAUUCCAAAUAGGAAACAUGGACGGUAGACGCUUCAGGGCAAAAACCAAUACGUAAUAUUUCGUAAAUUUCUGAAAAGUGUACAGCAAGUAUAUACAUGCUACUACAAAACAGACACGUAGUUCCAAGAUUAAUUUACCUUCAUUCGCUCCAUUUUCUUCCACAAGUCAUCAUAUUUCAAUGUGUAAAUAAAUAUAUAAAUCAUAAAUUUUAACCCCUCUUUACCGCCAUAUUGGAUUGUCUCGCGACCAAGACAUGAUUUGUAAUUACGUAAUUUUUGGUAAUACUAUAGUCGCUGAUUGGCUAAGUUAACAGUGAACAGCUAACAGUUAACACGUCGAUAGCAUAUAAUUAUAAUAUAUUACUUAAAGGCACAGUGCAGCCUUUUGAAUGAUGGUUUUUAAGGCGCAUUUCAGCCCUUUUAAUUGAAAAAACUAACUAGGAAAAUCAAUUAAGCAUGAUUCAAAAUCAGCAAACUCAAUGUUUUUAACAAUAAAAAUGUUUUAAAAUGUUAAAAACAUUAAGUUUGCUGAUCUUGAAUUAUGCUUAAUUGAUUUUCCUAGUUAGUUUUUUCAAUUAAAAGGGCUGAAAUGCGCCUUAAAAACCAUCGUUCAAAAGGCUGAACUGUGCCUUUAAUAGAUUCAAAACGUGCUCAUGAUGUAAUUGAAAUCAAAAGAGUGCACAUGUUGUCAUGUGUGUUGCAAGUGUCAAAGUCGACAUUAUAGACCAAUGUCAUUAUAGACCAAUCGUGUAUUUGCUCAUAAAUAUAUUGCAUUAUUGGACGAAAGGACUGGAGCUGUUAGUGCAGUGAAUAUGCAUUCUGUUCAGUGUUGUAUGUUCCAGUUCUUCGCCUUCUGUUGGUUGUAUACCAAGCAUGUUAGCUUAACGCUACGUGAAUGAUUCAAAAUUGAAUUCUCAUCUUCUCACUCCAAAGCGUUUAUUUUUUUUAGUCCUAUGGUGGUUUAUCAUAUUUUGUCCUGGUGUAUACCACUAGAUUUUGUUGCUGUUGUCCAAGUAGUGAAUUUCGUAAUAUGGCCAGACGUGUAAGUAUAUUUAUACAGUGCUUGCGACUGCGGUUUUAUGUUGCUUUUAACCAUUUUAAGAAAUAGAAAAUAUUUUCCGUGUUUCUAUAGAGUUUUAGUAUAAAUUCAGUAUUGAAACUGGCUCUCAAGCGUUCUGAUUGGCUCCCUCAGCAGUACCUCUGAGGCAGCAGUACCUCUCAGACUGCUCUGAGCAGUAACUAUAUAUUCUGGUUAAAUUUAACCCAUUUCCUGGAUAAAAAUUAUCAAUUCGACAAAAAUUUGGUACACUUUUUUGGACUUUUAACCAGGAAAAUGGUUAAUUUUUUUUAACCAGACUUGUGUAGGUGGAUUUUUAACCCCCGUACUGGUUGAAUUAACCCAAAUUUAACCAGAGUGUUUUUAGAGUGUAGUAAAUAUGAUUAAGAACGAUAGUGAACAUGAUUAAUUAAAAACGUCGCGAGGAAAUUUUUUUUAAAAGACAAGGACAAAGUAAAAUUAAUUAAAAUAUCUUACCUUGGUAAACAGUCAAACAGAUACAACGUAUGCUGUAUUAUAAUUUGUGCCUUUAUAGGUCUUCGCUUUCUAAGUUAGCAAAACGUUCCCAUUUUGUGACGGUUCUUCGGCAUUUUUGGACGUUUUCCAACUUUUUUCAAUAAUUAAAAAUUGUUUGUAUUUUGUCUUUUAAACUCGAUCCCGCGCAAUCCACGCAACCUGCGCGAAAAUUCCCGUGUUUCUAUCGAGUUGUUGAGCUUUUGACCACAGCGCCCGUGUUUUUAAAAGGCUAUUUUAUAAUGAUAUCAUAUAUUAUUCAUAUAUAGUUAUAAUGCAAUAACAUGCACAUAAUUAUAUAACAUUAUGUACUAGAUAAAACAUGAGCAGCCGAUCUGUAUCUGAUAUACAAACUCGAGCCGAAGGCGAGAGUUUGUAUAUCAGAUACAGAUCGGAUGCGAAUGUUUUAUCGUACUUAAAAAAUGACCCAUCUUAUGAGUUCAUUGGCGAAGUAAUUUUAAAAAUAAACAUUGUCUAAGGCGAGAAAAUCAAAGCUGAAGUUUAUGUAAAUCAGGACAAAUCUUUAUCCGAUUUACAGACAUUGAUUAAACAUUCAUUUCUUUUGUAUUUUCCUCGUGAAUUAUUAAUGAUUUUUUAAAUAUUAAUAUACAGUAUAUACCGUGCAUAAAUUGACUGGACAAGCACCUACAGCACGAAGAGAUUUAAAUUUGUGAAUGCCAGUAAAGUGUAGCCAUAUAACACAAUAUUUUGUGCGUAGAAAACGAGUCGAACACUGAAAUGUUCAGGAACAAGGUUAUUGCAAACCAUUUCCUAGUUUCCCCAAUUAUUAGCUUUGUGCUUACUGAAAAUGCAGUAGAACAUCCCAUGCAUGGUGACUAUAUAUUAAUUAUGUGAAAAGUCAAUUGCAUGCAAAUCAAUUAGCCUUUCUCACGAUGACUAUAUCCGCCAAUCAUUUUUGGGUGGCAUCUAAUUCUCGUUAACCAAUGCAAACAAUUAAAAUAAUGUGAAAAGCAGUUUUCCAAAAUAAACUAACAACAUUUACAAAGUAAAUUUACCAUCAUUCGUCCGGCAAAAAAUUAUAAAAAGUCGCUGUUAUGUGAACUUAUCUCGCAGACUUCGGCUGAAAAGCCCUCCCAAAAAUGGCGGCGUGCACGAGAAAGGCCAGCAACACUCUACUGAAAGUCGUGCAGUCAGACAUGGGUUUUGUCCAUGCAGAUACUACAGUUUUCGCCGGUUUCCGCCCACAGAAAAUGUUGACAUGGUGGGUUGGGUUUAACCACACUGUCUCUGCAUGCAACCACUGCUGUAUGACAUGUGCUCCAUGAUCAGACAUGAGUCACACUGUGGCGACCAGAGGUGCUUUAGAAAGCCUUCGGCUCGAUGAGGUUGAACAGCUUAACUCUCAGCUGCAUGCAAGUAUUCAGAUUUGCUCCCAAUGCAUCGAAUAUCGAUUACAACAAGCACGAUCUUUAAAUUUACAUCCUUUUCAUUCGGUGAACUCAAAAUUUUUUGAGGUGCUGUGCAUGGUGACAUGCAUGAUAAUGUUUUGUUAUAAUUUCAGCUGUGAAGGCUUCCACGGCAGUCAAUCAAGGUUGAUCAUAUCUUAUUUACCAGUGAUGAUUGUAAUGUUUGUUAAUCCUAUCUUAUUCCUUGUUACUUAUAGAAAAGGUAACCGGUGAGCGUUUAUAGAUUAUCGUUUUCAUGCAUAAUAUAUGUGAUUCAAUUUGAUCACGUUUAACGGUUUGCGAUUACCUGUAUCAAAAAUUGUUUUACCUACAGUUCUGAAUGACAACUUGACUGACCUCGAUAUCUCAGUGUCCAGUCAUGUCCAGUGGUGCCUAAAUUACUUUGAAUUUGUACUUGAGUAAAAGUAGAAGUAAUUAACAAUAAAACGACUUGAGUAAGAGUAAAAAGUACCGAAGGCAAAACGUACUUAAGUAAAAAGUACAGUUUUUAAGUAUCCUUAAAAAAUACUUGUAGUACAAAGUAAAAGUAAAAGUACUAUUGUCUAUAGCGUGUAGAGGGGGGGGGGACACUGGGGGGGGGGCUUCUCCAAUGGAUUGACAUACAAAAGACACAAAACAGCACACGCAUUAUAUGCGUGCACCAUAAUAACGGCUUAUUGACCUCGCUUGUUCGGUCUGUACUGCGAAAUAGCAGAUCAAGAUUUUUAGUGUGGACCGAGCGACGAAAGAGCGAGGUCCAUGCAAAAAACAGAGGUCUGAUAUUUCACAGUACAGACCGAACAAGCGAGGUCAAUAAUCGGUUUAUUAUAUUGCUGAACUGAGUCUGUGAGCAUAUGCUUUUCGCGCGAAUCAAAUGGGCUAUCGUCAGUUUCACUGGGUAACAAUAUACGGUAGGCAUGCAUGCUCAAUCAAAAACAAUUUGGUUGUUUGAAAUUUUUAUCUGUAAAUUUUAAUGACACACAAUUGGAAAAUUAAAAAGCAAAAAUUUUUUCUGUUUGCAAAGCAAAAAUUUCCCGCCAGAUAAACAACAUCCGGGACACCGGUCCAGAUACGAAAAAUACGGACACGGUCCGGAUAUGGGUUUUUACGGACUGCUUGUCAACCAAUCAGAAUAGAGAAUUUUGAAAAGCCAUAUAAUAAUAUACAAUAUUUCACGGCAUGGUCUACUUUCCAGACCCCGUUGAAGAUAUAUGAAAUCCAUUAAAUAAAUAAUGCUUAUAUGUAGAGGUUCUAUUACCCGAUCCCAAAAUUAAAGUAUAUCGGGAAUAAAUCACGUAAAAUUAAACAAAUGUGAGAAACUAAUGAAAUACUUCGCCACAAAAUGAAAAUAACGAAGUAAAACGUUACUUCUUAAAACAACUUCGUUCCAAGUAAAAGUACUCGAGAAAAAGUUUACUUUGUUACAUGCUCACUUCUCAAAAAUAGUACUCAAGUACAGUAACGAAGUACAUUUACUUCGUUACUUGACACCACUGGUCAUGUCGUUAGGGAAUGUGAAUAGGUGUCUAGCCAUUAAUUGGGCAUGCAGUAUAUAGAGCGUCCAUGCAUUAACUAAAGAUGGGGUUAAGUCUGUUCUGCGCAUGUGCUAUGUGAGAACCCUCUGGGACCGGUUGCAUGAAAAUGUAGUUACAGUUAUCUACAGUUAAUGCAAAAGAUAAGUUCAGUGGCGUAGCCAAGGGAGGGGGUGGGUGCGGUCGCCCCCAAACCGUUUCAUAAAAAGUUCAAAUCCGGCAAGAUAUUGGGGGGGGGUGGUGGUUGGGGGAGGUCAGGUGAGGUAAGCAAGGAGUCAAAUCCAAUUAAUAGUAAUUAAUUGUUGAAAACCUGGUACAAAUAAACAUUUGUAGAUUGUGUAUUGUGCCUUGCUCCAAUGUGUAAUAAUAACAGAAUUUUGUGAUAAAUGACAUUCUAAUUACAUCACUGAUGUUAACCAAUCAAAUUCACGUAUUUUAGCGUUAACUAUACUAUUUAACUACAAAAUGGUGGUUAAAAAGUAGUUAAUAGUUUUAUACAACCGGUCCCUGGUGUAAACAAGAUCCAAAUUUAGCGUUGUUACGACAUUUUCUGAAUUAAAACUCUGAUCUAUAUAUAUUAUAUAAUUUAAAAGCAUACGGUGAACCAUGCAGAACGGUGUUGGACAUUAACUCACUAGACAAAUAUGUCAGGAAAUAUAUGUAACUGACAUGAAUGCCAUUAUGUACAUUUCGAUAACAUUCAGUGAAAACAUGUAAUGCAUUUAAACAUCGGCUCAAGUCCGUUCGGCGGAUGUGCGGUUUGUUUAUAUAUAUUUCAGUUGUCUUUUUCAGCACACUAAGCUAUAUAUACGGUAUAUUCAUAAGAGGGUCCUGAAGGGGGGGGGGGGUUCCAAUCCCAUUUCCCACCUGAAAUUUUGGCAAAAUCCCAGUCCCAGUUGGAUUUUUAUUAGAAAUCCCAGUCCCAGUUAUUGAAAUCCCAGUCAAUAAAAAACCCUUUAUUUAUCGGUAGAAUAAACAGUUUUAAGACCUUUUAAGCAAGUGGCGGACACUUUAUGAAAUAUUAGGGGGGGCUCGUGCCGAAGGCACGGAAAAUUUUUAAAUUUGAAUCCCGGAAAUGGCAUUUGCAGCAUUCUGAGACACGCAUAAUCAUAAAACCCAGAAUUCCGGGCGCCAGAGUAUGCCUGUUCGCAGGUAGUGCUGUGAAUAAUAUAGUUAACAACAAAAAUCAUGACCAAAGACACCAAAAACGGAUCAAAAUUGUAUUUUAAAAUACUCAAAACGCAGAAAAAUUGGGAAUCGACUCGCAUUACCUCAAUCCCAUUCCCAUUUUUGAGGACUUCAUUUCCCAUUCCCAGUGGCCAAAUCCCAGUCCCAGCAACCCAAAUCCCAUUUUCCCAGUCUAAAAACAGAUCAAUCCCAGUUCCCAUUUUACCCCUUCAGGACCCUCUCAUAAAAUAUGAUGUAGUUAGUAAAAAUAUAUAAUUAAUUAAAUGUCUUUCUUGCAGUUAAGCAGCUGUUGAGAAGUUCUGGGAGCUUCACAGUUGAAGACAGACAAGCUCUAAAUGUUUGCAAAUGGAAAUUCUUUUGGAUAAUGGCUGCGUUUACAAUAUGGUAUAUGACCAUGCAUAUUUUAGAAAAUAAUCACAACGCUGAAGAGCUAGUGAAGUAUAAUUUUAUUGUUUGA